UGAAGCACAGAAUGCUGAAUACAUGAGACAUUGCGGGCGCUUUAACUAAAGCAGCUCUUGGAGCCACUCUAAUUAAAGUCCACCCUCAGCCCUGGAACACGUGUAAAGAUGCCCCUGGAGAUCCUGGUGAAGGCCCCAUCUUUCAUCCUUUGAGUUACAGCAAUAGUAGCCAUAACAACUACCCUCUGAGCCACAUCUCAACAUGGUUUCCAAAAGUCUUGGAAUUGCAGGAAAUACCAAUUUCUGACCCCAGAAAUUAUCUCAGUACUUCCCUUUCCACAGACUUCAGGACCCUUAAAAUUUUUUUCCCAGAAAGCCCCAGCCUGCAGCCAUCUAUCCUCCCUCUAAAAUGCAGACCUCACUGACUACCACCAUAAAAUUAUUGAUGCUAGAAAUGCUGAAUCAUGAAUAUGAGGUUAUUUAUGAAACCUUUACCAGAUUUUACUUAAUGAUGCUAUAACAUGUCACACAGCACAUUGCAAAGUUGCUUUCUCUUCUGCUCUGUUAAACCGUUACCACCCAUGCAAUAGGAAACGAAAUCUUUGACCUGUGAUAAUGGACAGAGUUCACAUUUUUACAUAAACUCAGCAAUCUGGGACAAUUUUGCCCGGCUUUGAACCAUUUCUAUUCAUAUUCUUCAUUGUUCUUUCCAUAGUCACAUCCCAUGGUAUUCCUGCUUUGGUGACAGCACUCACACAUACUGAGUGCCUUGUUCCAGAACAAGUCUCCAGUUCCUUUUGAUCUGAGAAGAACCAGCUGAUUGUUUUUCCUUCAUGAUGGCCCAGGCUAAUUAUGUGAAAUCCUAGUGUCAUCCACAUGGGUAUCACAUGCAAGAAUAGUCUAUCACAUUAGCAUGUACUGCUAGUGCCCUCUCUUUCUCACAGACAGAGCCACAAAUCAUCCAUCAAGCCCUGGGAAGAGUUUUUCCCAGAAUUUAAGGCCAUCCUUACCACUUCUGAUGUCCCAUUUAGCUGACAUCUCCUUUCGGGCUUUUUUUGGCAAUUUUGUUGCUUUAUGUUUUUUCCAGUAAAUUUACACUUUUCCACAGGCCCCUCUUAAGGAGGCUAAUUCUGUAUUUGAAGCUGAAAUGGAAAGUUUUCACUAAAAUGAAAAAGAAAAGUUCUUGGCCACAAAACUUUUUUUUAAAACAAAUUCUGAACUUCAGAACUUCAAAAAACCCCUCCAGCCCCCUCUCUAACUGAUAUCAAUAACUCCCCAGGUGUCAGCACCAAAUUUCUGUAGGAGUCCAUAUGUGAAAUUUAACCUAGAAAGGAUCUGAACCACUAUCUGCCCGUUUUGGUGUCAUGAGCUGGUGUAAGAUGAGAGACAUGAAAAAAACAGCAACUCACGGUGUGAACAUGUGGGUACUGCUUAUAAGAUUUGUAUAAGUUUUAUCCUGAGAUGUUCUAGAUCACUUGAUUACACUUUAUCUUCACUCCAUCGUGCCUUGCAAAGAACAACCAAAAGUGCAAAAAGGAAACAGAGAGAAUAAAGUUCUGGAUUUAUGUAGAACUCUUAACACUUGUGAUUCAACCAUAAGACAGAUCAUGACAAAUGAAUGACUACUGGGUAGAAUAUGAAUAAAAUAUGAUGAACAAUUGACUAGCUUGGGAAGUGCCUGUGUUAUACAGUGGGCAAUAUAUUGCUGAUUUGUUCAAUGAAUUUCCCAACCCGUUACCCCUCUUUUAGGAGGGUGACCUUACCCAAGGAGAACUAAAUUGACUUCCUUUGUAGUUUCUCCAUGUGGCUAUUUACAUUGCCUCAGGUGGUUGCUGCUGAGAAACGAUGGCAGUCAUUUCCUUCCCUUUAUACAUGAAUGUGAUUAGCUCCCACACCUGUUUCCUUUGCACACUGCAAGUUCUUAUUUGCAAUGCUGGAUUGGGGUGCCAUCAAAAAUGAACAGCAACAUGCCUUUUUCUAGUGAAAAACACUGUGCCUAGGAACACAAGUAAGGAUAGGUAAAGUAUUUCACACAAAAUAUGCACAGACCCAAACCUGGGUUCAUUCAAAAAGCAGAACUGGAUACAAACCUCUUCAAAGCUUUAACCUUUUUCUUGGUGGCUGUUAGGGCAAAUAGGAGGUGCUAGGCUGACAGGUAUGGAUGCUGAUGUCCUCUCAUGAUUCACAACGCAGGUACAGUACAAACAGCAAGAGUACAGACUUCCUUCACAUGGCCCCACUGCUUUCAGUCUGAUCUGGAAGGACCAUCUCUAGGGUUGAGAGGGUAGUUCUACAGAUUCUGAAGUGCCAAAUCCCUUUGGAAGACACCAGACUAUGAUCCAAGAGAUGCAGAAAUGGUAGGUUAGGCUAUUGCAACAGCUAUUGAAAAUGUGGAGUAAGCUGCUGAAACUUGCCUACUAAAGGAGCUGCAACCACAUAUGCUGGGCAUGUGUGUGCAUGUGCAUGUGCGCAUAUAGAUGCACAUGUGUGCACACAUUCAAAAAGGUGUGUGACCUCCCAAAAUAAACUGCAACAUUCUAUUUUGCUAUUGGCCAGAGAUGCCCUCAUGCCAUUCAGUGUUGUAAUCACAUGCUUUGCCAUUCCCAAGAGCAUAUUGUCACUAUGUUUUUCACUUAGAUGAGAUUAAACUAAGCAGCUGGUCAGCAGCCUUGGUGUCCCUAGAGACAUCAGGUAAUGGAAGAGAAAAACCUAGACCUCUGUACUUAAACCCAUUCCAUGUUAACAGAAAUUGAAAGUCUUCAUCUGAAAACCCAAGUGACUCAUACAAAAUGAAAUCUGGGUCCAGUUCCCAGACCUAUUACCAAGAAAAAUCCUCCACAUGUCAGAGAGAAGUCUGCAAGGCCAAGGAUAAAUUCAGUUGUGCAGAGUUAACACCCUCUUAUUCCUGGAGGCAGACAUUCAAGGUUAUGACACACUGACCCCACAGAACAAGACAAGGUAGCAUCACCCUUUCCCUUACUAUAAAUUGUUCUGUUGCGAGAAGAUGACUUUCAACGCUAGAGCUGUCAUCAGCACUAAAAUCAUGAAAAGAAAUAGUGUAAAAUAAGAUUCAUUGCUCAUUAAUUUGUGCGAUUAAUUAAACAAGUUCCUAAUUUUACCCACUGGGACAUAAAAUGCCUCAAGCCAAUCUCUGAAGACAGCAGUUAGGCUCUGAACAAUGGGCUCUCUUUCUGAGGAACUCUCUGUAAUUCAGAACAACUGCAUUUAAAUGUACUGCAGCCAUUCAAGUACAUUUAGCAGUGCGGAUAUUUUUCUUCAGACCUUCUUUUUCCUUGGACAUUCCCUGCUAGGCAAGGCUUCAGGGCUCUCAGUCUGCAGACAGCACAGUCUUCAGCAUUCUCCAUCUCCCAAGCACAGGUACUGAGAAGCAGGCCACAGGUCCUUUUUCCAUACAGCAAAGAAAAUGUUUUGUGAUGAGGCAAUGUACCUCCAAGGCCUGUAUGUCUUCCUUCUUCACAGUCCUCAUCUGGACUGUUCACCUCUUCCCUUCUGAAGUUGUCAGCACUGGCAAUAUUGCCAUACUUCUGGCACCAUUCUCCUACAGAAGCUCCUGCUUUGGAAGUAGGUGGCUCUGCAGCACUGCGGCUAUCUGUGUACCUCACCAGAGAGCAGGCAGGUGGCCUCAUGAAGUCUCCUGCAGAUGGCAGCUCUCCAGGUCCAAGAGCCAUAAUACAUCUGAUCAUCUGACAACAUCUGCUGUCUCAGCAGUUUCCAAGUAACCUCAUCUGAAGCCAGCCAUGGUCUCUCGGCCUACACGGUGGGCUCUUCUUAUCUGUCUAUAUCUGCUUUGGUUCAUCUGUAAGAGGCAAAUCCACCCUGCCUUCUCUGAAGACGUCUGCCUGCAUCACAACUGACCUACAAAUGGGCCACCAUUUGCGCACAUUAGUCAUUUUAUCCACAUGAGUAGCCCCAUCAAAGUCAGAGGAAUCACAUAAAGCUACUCACAUGCCCAAGUCUGGGCUGACCUCGAGCCUAAGGGAUUAUUAAGAGACUACAUGCUGGUGUGAUGCUCAUAUAAAGGAUCUAGUGUCAUAAGCUUAGGAUGACAGUAUUACUUGCCACAAAGCCAUGAAUACACUACAUAGGCCAUUCCAAACAAGUGCAAAUAAAACAUUCAGAUCAACACACAUCAUGUGUUUUGCUUGGGGCACACUUUAGAACAGAGACCCUUUAGAAACAGUUUUUGUAUAGCUAAUAUCUGCCAUACAUGCUGCCAACAGAGCAGGCUGCCUUCCAGUCACAUUCAGCAGAGCACUUAAAGAGGUGCUUAACUUUAAACUUGCAUUAGUUUCACUAAAAUCAACGGAAACAGAGCUUGUGCUGAAAGUUCAGUUUAUGCCCAAAAGGUUUUGCUGAUCAGGGACAUUGUUCUGAACUGGAGUCUCAGUCACCAGGUGAAGCUAUGAGUGACAGAAAUGGUUAAGACACAAGUUUUAAAAUUUCUAAGAAAUAUGCACAGGAGACGAUCUUUUGUAUAUCAGACUGUCCCAGUCUGAGGAUCUUCCAGAGAUCGUGUAAUCCCAGCUCUGCUAUAAAAUAUAGCGAGGGAUUCUAACCUUGCUGGAUUACAAGAUAAAGGACAAGAUCUUGAAGCUAUUACUGAUUCAGAAUUGAAUAUUGUCCUAGGCUUCAGAGAAUAGUGAUAUUUUAAAUCUCUACUUUUAAUACCUUCACACUAACUGGAGAGGAGGAGGAGACUUUUUGUGGUGGCCUCUUUUGUGUCUUGUUUUAAAAGUGAUUGUUGAGCUGCUCAGAGAAUUUUGGCAUGUGAGAAUUUUGAUGCUGUGUGUGGUCGGCACCCUUCAGAAAGCGGCUUUUAGGAGAUCAAUCCUGCAUCGUUGAAGUGGAAGGUAAGUUUCAUCACUGUGUUCAGUAGGAACAGGAGAAUACCCCAGGGAAGCAGAUAGCAAUAGAAACAAGUGAUACAGCUCUGUGUUAAACAGAGUUUGUAAGUGCUUAUCGCUUGACUGCUUUAUUCUUUUCUUUUUUUUCUUUGUAAAUGACAGCCCUACUCGGCCUGAAUGUCUUACAUCUGAAGGUUCAGUACCUGGGCUUUCCACACCAGUUGUACACUAGCAUUGCUCCAGUGAUUUAAUGGACUCAAAACACUAUUAAAUUGAUGCAUUUGUCUCUAAGUUAUGUGAAUAUUUUUAUAGGCCGGGGCUAGAACCCUAAAGCACAUAUCAGGAGGCCUUGAUUCAAUUCCUGGCUCUGUCACUGGCCUGGUGUAUAUUUUUUUAAUCUUUUGCAUAGCUCAAAAUGACCAAAGAAAUCUUCCUUCUGAGCUUCUAAAUAACAUUUCCACCAGAAAGAGACUUUUUUUAGGACAGUUAUAAAAUCCUUGGAUGGGCAUUCUUUUUAUAAUGAAAAUCCCACCGCAGCCAUUGCUACAGUAGGUGCCCUGAGUUGCCCACUCUAAAAUCCUACAUGCACUUUUCCCAGACUAGAAAUCUGUUCCCCUGAAUCAUUAUUUUAUGACUUUCUCCCUUUGUUUCACAAAGGCACAAACGGGAAUAAAGUUGCGAGUCUUGGAGUUAGCCCUUUAAAACAAAUUGCCUUGCCAUCAUUUUAAUAAGUUUGACAAGUUGGUCCCAGGCCCUCAGGAGGAAACUAAUAAACGUUUAGUUGCUUUGCUAUUGUUUUCCUAAAACAAUUUGACUUCCUUUCUGAUAGCCUCAAAUUCCUUCAUUAAAAAUAGAGUAGCUGGGAGCCAGAGAAAGAGUUGAACUGGAGCCAAGUUGCUGCUUACAAUGCAGCCUGCGUAAGAUCACAUUUUUAUCCCAAUCGAUGAAGCCUCUUUAAAAGAAUAGUAGGCAGACAGCUGCCAGUGCAUGUCAGGCACAGCAAAGGAGCUGGGAUCCCCCAGCCUCUUGCCUUCAAGCUUAGGGAAUCUCCAGCCAGUCAGCUACUGUCAGACUACAAGAGGCUGAGUGCCAGGAGCCACCUGAGGUCUGCCUACCCUGUUUAAAGGGUCUUCCCUCAGACAAGGAUCCCUGCUGGGUGCUCAGCAUCAGCAGAGAGGUGGGUUCCAGCAUGCUUUAGAGUUUGGGCCAAAGUUAAGUUUCAGUCACCUCCACCCACCUUACUCUGUGCUUCUCUCUCUACCUGUCCAGAACCAGCAGAAAGAGAGGCUAUUCUCCCAGGAAGCAGAAAUGGGUGACUGGAGUUUCCUGGGAGAGUUCCUUGAGGAGGUCCACAAACACUCCACAGUGGUGGGGAAAGUCUGGCUGACAGUGCUUUUCAUCUUCCGGAUGCUGGUGCUUGGCACGGCAGCAGAGUCCUCCUGGGGAGACGAGCAGUCCGACUUCAUGUGUGACACCCAGCAGCCCGGUUGUGAGAAUGUCUGCUACGACAAGGCUUUUCCCAUCUCCCAUGUCAGGUACUGGGUUCUUCAGAUCAUCUUUGUCUCUACCCCAUCACUGCUGUACAUGGGCCAUGCAAUGCACAAGGUGCGCAUGGAAGAGAAAAGAAAAAUUAAGGAGGCAGAACUGAGGAGGAAGGAGAUAAAAAGCGGUGGUGACUCAUACCACCAAAAGGAAUAUCCCAUAACAGAGAAAGUUGAGUUUGUCUAUCAAGAGGAAUCAAGUGGAAGAAUAUUACUCAGAGGCAACCUACUGAACACCUACGUCUACAGCAUUUUGAUCCGCACCGCUAUGGAAGUGGCCUUCAUUGUCGGACAAUACAUCCUGUAUGGGAUCUUCUUGGAGACCCUGUACAUCUGUCAACGGGCACCGUGCCCCCACCCCGUGAACUGCUAUGUCUCACGGCCCACAGAGAAGAAUGUCUUCAUCGUCUUUAUGCUUGCUGUAGCAGUGCUGUCACUGUUAUUGAGUGUAGCUGAGCUCUACCACCUGGGUUGGAAAAAAGCAAAAGAGAAGUGUGUUAGAUCAUACAAACCCAGUCCCAGUAUGGUCAGCGUCAAGCCAGAGACUGCACCACAAGUGGACAUGGCCCAAAGCUGCACUCCUCCUCCAGAUUUUAGUCAGUGCUUGGCAAACCCCAAUGGGAAAUUCAUCAGCCCUUUCAGCAACAAAAUGGCCUCUCAGCAGAAUACAGCCAACUUUGCCACUGAAAGGGUCCAUAGCCAAGACGAUGCAGUCAGGGAAGAGCAAUUUAUUCAGAUCACCUAUGCACAGAGUCCUGAAGUAGCCAAUGAAUCUUCUCCUCAUCUGCCUGCCAAUGGCUACUUCAAUGAGAAACGCCGGCUCAGCAAGACCAGCCGCACCAGCAGCAAGGCUAGGUCAGACGACCUGUCAGUGUGACUGGUCUCCAGGUGUGGCAAGGAGGGAGAGGACGUCUCAGUGCUAAGCCAGACUUCUGCGGCGGGGCUUCUAAAUGCUUGCCAUUCUUCUCUCUCUUUUAUUGCUCUCUGCCAUUUUUGUGAAUGGCUUUGCCAUACUCCAAACAGCAUUUCUUGUGCCUUGCAGCUCAGGUGACUGUGCUUUACCCGGCAGGGGGUACACUGGCAACUCGCCACAAUCCUGCAGACCACACCUAAUUUGCAACCCAAAAAAAGCAGCAGGUCAUAGCCACCCACAGGGAUUACAGGACCUGCCCUUAGCCCUUCAAAACAUUUCCUGCCAGAGCCUGUCUGUUUCUGAGGUUGUCCCUCUGCCUUAAAUAUGAGACUGGCCACAGGCUGUAAUACUGAACACAAGAGUCAUACAUUGUCCAGAUAAUCCCAUUUUGGGGGCUACAUCAGGUUUGCACGCACAACGAGCUGUAGCUUCUCUCCCCUGAGGAGAAACCAGAAAGAAUACACUAAAAAAUAAUUCUUUAUAUUUAGCGUCUCUCUCUCUCCCUCCUCUGCCUGGACUGAGAUGCAUUAUACCAACUUGCCUUACUUAUACUAUGAAUUUUACUUGAAUUUUUUGAAACUAUGUAUAUAACUCCUUCUUGUAGAACUGUCUGUUUUCUCCACAAAAUCAAAGUGCCUCAGUGUCCAACAAUGGAAAUAUCCUCAUGAUUCCAGGGUCAGACCAGAGGAUGGACCCUAAUAUCCCUGGAUACAACCCAGACGACCAUUAAAGUGGGCUGAAGGAACUUUCCUAAGACACUCCGUUAGAUCAGUUGCAAAAGAAAGGUCCCCCUAACAAACACAAAUGGAUUUUCCGUGGAAGCAAAUGUCACUGCUAAAAAAAAAAGUAAAGAAUAGCAUGUGGGAGGAUAGCUGUGAUUUUUUUUCCCUCUUUAACAAGACUUCUAAGCCAGCCGCACACUGCUGUGAUGCCUCCCUGGAGAAUGACAUCCUCUGUUUAUCUGCAGAAGGGCUGCAACCUGGACGGCAAUUGUACUAGCCUUGUCAUUGCACUUCAGCCUUACUUUGAAGGGACUUUGAUUACAAGAAUAUUGUCUAGUCUCCAUGACUUGUCCAGGUCUUGGCUGUUCUGCUGGGCCUGCCCAUCAGGGCUGUUAAAAUACUGAGUCUUCUGUCAGGCACUAGUUCAUUAAGAAAUAGACAAGCACUUUGCUGCUUUUCACUCGCGAGUGAUCUUGAGCGGUCAUCAGCUCAUAAUGCUGGAGACCCCAAAGUGAAGCUGUUUGAGAAGACUCUUGGGUUGGUCCUUUUCCACGACCCCCACCUCACCAUACUUGAUUCUAUUACUCACCACAUAACUGAAACAAGGGGGUUAAGUUUACAUUUCAGGUUCAACCUGCUCCCUCUCUUUUACCCUGCUUUGCCCUUUCAGAGAUGGGCAGCUACUUCUGAAUGAGUGGGCUGGGUGUAUAUGAGCUGAGAAUGGUUUCACUGGGAAUUCUGCUCGUCCCUCCAACGUUUGCUGUUGAGAGCAUGGUGAUUCCUUGCUUCUAAUGAGGAGUUUGAUUUGGUACAAUUUCCUGCACACACACACAAACACACACACAUGUGCACACACGGGGAAAACAAUUUAACUUUUUUUUUGUAUGUCUACAGUGCUUUAUGUGCAUGGAUUGUUGAGCCCAAAGCUGUGUGUCGUCCUUAACAAGAGAUUCUGAACUGUGCCUGUUUUGUCCUAAUAAAGUUCUAACUCUGUCUCCUCUUGUUUAAGUCUCUCCUUUCAAACGGCCAAGAAUGAGCAAAGCAAGCAAGCAUGAGUGGCGAGCAUUUAUGGGAAUCCAUCCUGAUCUCUGUCCAGCUAGAAUUACACAGCUUCCAAAUGUUACCAGUGUCCUAAAAUUUGACCGAGGGAAAGGGUGGGCAGACAGUAGGAAAAAUCUAGGGUUAACAAUAAAUGUUGGAAAACAGCUGGUUUACAGACUGGUAGAGUAAAGCGAGCAGCCUGACCCCAGCCCCUUUAGUUUAUCUGAAAAGAUAGGCAAUACAAAAACAGCACUGGUUCUAGUUUUAGAAGCCUGCCCUUAUGGUCCAAAUUCUGACACUCUUCUGUGUCUAACAGGCCCACUUGAAAAGUGAGGCUCCACCCAUAGGGAGAAAGGGUGGCAAAGCUUGGUCCUUACUGCUCAACUGUGCUUCGCACAAAAUCAGUGGAAUAGGAGCAGUCCUUUGAAAGACUCUUCAAGACAUCUAAUCCUGGGAGGACUUAAGCACUAACAAUUAUCCCAGCCUACAAAGAGAAGUUGU